AUGUCGGAGCUGGAGAUUUCGCCGGCGAUUCACGACCCGCAAGGGCAAGAGAAGCAGCAACAAGCCGCCGGAGUUGGGAUUUUGCUUCAGAUCAUGAUGCUUGUUCUCUCUUUUGUACUCGGUCAUGUCCUUCGUCGUCAUAAGUUCUAUUAUCUACCCGAAGCUAGUGCUUCGCUUCUCAUCGGGUUGAUCGUUGGUGGUUUAGCGAACAUCUCGAACACGGAGACUAGCAUAAGGUUCGUUGAAGUUCUUAUCGAAUUUUUAAUUUACUUAUGUCUCUAUGAUACUGAAAUUGGCAACACUAUAUAUGUUGUUUUCCUUGACGUACUUGUUUGCACCCAGUCAGGAUUCAGUCUACAGCCCAAACCUUUCUUUUCAAACUUUGGAGCCAUUGUCACUUUUUCUGUACUUGGAACUUUUGUAGCUUCCAUUGUUACUGGUGUGCUAGUGUACCUUGGCGGUGUGAUGUUUCUCAUGUACAGACUUCCAUUCGUUGAGUGUCUCAUGUUUGGCUCUCUUAUCUCAGCCACCGAUCCUGUCACUGUUUUGUCUAUAUUUCAGGAACUUGGCUCGGACGUAAAUCUGUAUGCCCUGGUGUUUGGAGAAUCAGUUUUGAAUGAUGCUAUGGCCAUAUCUCUGUACAGGACAAUGUCCUUGGUGAGAAGUCACUCAUCUGGACAGAAUUUCUUUAUGGUGAUAGUCAGGUUUCUUGAAACCUUUGUAGGUUCAAUGUCUGCAGUGGUCAGCAGUGAAAUAUUUUAUUCUGAUUUUCUCGCUUCUCCUUUCAGUCUGCAGAACUUGGAGUGCUGCCUCUUUGUGCUUUUUCCUUAUUUCUCAUACAUGCUUGCUGAAGGUCUCAGUCUAUCUGGCAUCGUAUCGAUUCUAUUUACUGGGAUUGUCAUGAAGCAUUAUACCUACUCAAACUUGUCUGCAAAUUCUCAGCGAUUUGUGUCUGCAUUUUUUCAUCUGAUAUCUUCCCUGGCAGAGACAUUUGUGUUCAUCUACAUGGGUUUUGAUAUUGCCAUGGAAAAGCAUAGUUGGUCACACGUGGGAUUCAUCUUUUUCUCUAUUCUGUUUAUCGUAAUUGCAAGGGCAGCUAAUGUGUUUGGUUGUGGAUAUUUGGUCAACCUGGCACGACCUGCUGAUAGGAAAAUACCAAUGACGCAUCAAAAAGCACUUUGGUACAGUGGACUUCGAGGUGCUAUGGCUUUUGCUCUUGCUCUGCAAUCUGUUCACGAUCUCCCAGAAGGACAUGGUCAAACUAUAUUCACUGCAACUACAGCCAUUGUUGUUCUGACGGUCUUGCUAAUUGGAGGAUCCACUGGUACAAUGCUAGAAGCCCUAGAGGUUGUAGGGGAUAGUCGUGAUACGUCCCUAGGUGAUGGAUUUGAGGUGGUGAACAAUCGAUACAUGACAAGUUUUGAUGAUGAAGAUUCACCAUCAGGAAGUGGAUUCAGGACAAAAUUAAGAGAGUUCCAUAAGAGCGCGGCGUCAUUCACAGAACUAGACAGGAACUACCUAACACCAUUUUUUACAAGUAACAAUGGAGAGUAUGAUGAUGAGGAGGUUAGCAAUGAGAUUAGUCACGAAGAACGAAUUCCAUUUGCUAGAAGAGGAAAUCUAAAUAACCGCGGCUAA